AUGAGGUCGCUUACCAGGAACUCUGGUAGUGGCGCCGUAGGCGCAAUUGGAGGUGCCAUGGCUGCACCAGGCAUGCCCAGACCAUCAGUCGCCGAGUCACAUUGGUCUUCCGGCCGCGCAUCCGCAAAAAGCAUCAUCACCAACGUAAAGAGCGUACCAGAGGAGAAGCCCGUGGCUUCAGGUGGUGGUGUCAGUGUCAACGUGCAACUCACAGAGCCGGUCUUGUUCCUACGGGGGUUCGAGCAAGCUGAGCAUGCAGAGCGAAGCACAGCGAUGCUUCGUGGAACACUAUGUCUGAAGAUCACCAAACCCUCAAAACUCAAGGCUGUUACGCUCAAGUUCAGAGGCAAAGCGACGACUAAGUGGCCAGAAGGCAUUCCCCCAAAGAAAGUUGAGUUCGAAGAAGUGGACACUUUGAUGAGCCACACCUGGCCAUUUUUCAAUUCACAAUUCCCCAACGCCGAGAAUGGCACUGGCGCAGAUCAUGUGGAACUUUACAAGGGUUCUGGUGGAUUGACUGGAUCGCCAAACAACUCUUCGCUGAAUCUAACGACAAAGGAGGCGAAACGACUAUCGUUACAAGUCAAUCAAUCGCGAAGCUUCGGUAAGGGCGACACCCCUGGAGGCGGCCCUUCAGUAGCACAAAAGGGUUACAGGACCUUCAACCCUGGAGAGUACAUGUACAACUUCGAGUUACCGCUAGACAGCCACCUUCCCGAGACCAUCGAUGUCGACCUUGGUUCAGUCAAAUAUGAGUUGGAAGCUAUUGUCGAACGCGCCGGUGCCUUCCGCACAAACCUUAUUGGAACAAAGGAAGUCACCUUGAUCCGCGCACCUUCGGAGGGGUCACUGGAGCAGGUUGAGCCUAUCGCCAUUAGCCGCAGCUGGGAAGACCAGUUACACUACGACAUAGUCAUCUCUGGCAAAUCCUUCCCACUCGGUGCACAGGUUCCCAUUGCCUUCAAGCUGACCCCGCUCGCCAAGGUGCAAUGUCAUCGUAUCAAGGUGUUUGUCACUGAGAACGUCGAGUAUUUCUGCAACAACAAGCGAGUCCAUCGAAUGGAGCCGGUCCGUAAGGUCCAAUUAUUCGAGAAACGUGCAGACGGCCCACCAACCAGUACCUUCCCCGGUAGCACAAUGCGAAUAGUCUCUGGAGGUGGUGUUCCAUACGACCAACGAGCGGCUGCUUCACGAGGCGAGGACGUGCAGGUGCAAGACCCUACAAACCUUCUGGGUGACCUUGGUGGCGACGCGAACAUCGGUCCUACAGAGAUGGAAUUCAAUGUACAGCUACCAAGCUGCCAUAACCUCAAAGAGAAAGACAAGUCAUCAAAGCUACACUUCGACACGACAUACCAGAAUAUCCAGGUGCACCAUUGGAUCAAGCUUGUCAUGCGCCUCUCGAAACCGGACGCCACUGACCCAACUAAGAGAAGACACUUCGAAAUCUCCAUUGACUCACCCUUCCACAUUCUCUCGUGUCAAGCUACGCAGGCGAACACAGCACUACCAGCAUACUCGUCGCCUGAACCAGCCCUAAGCAGCACGCGCGUACCCGAGUGCGGAUGCCCGAAUGCACCAGCCCGGCGCAACUCCCCAACCAGCUUUGUUCCAACUCUGAGCUCAAUAGGCCGCUCAAGAGGAAACUCGGACGCAGUGAUACCAACACCAACACCGACGCUUACUCGUCCGCAAGCAGCGCAUAUUGGCGGACCGAAUGACUCUACAGUACAACGACCCAUUCAUCUUAUGCGCGUACCAUCAUUCAACCCACCCGCAUUCUCAGAAAUAGAACCACCUCCACCCGUAGAGACUCCACCUCCCCUUUACGAAACCAUCGCAUCACCCACGAGUGGGUUAGCCGACUACUUCUCCCGCCUGUCUGACGCAUACGACUCAGACAGCGAUCCAGAGCGCAACGAUCGAGCGCGCGUUGAGAUUCCUCUGACACCAGGGGGCCGCACCAACAGAAGUAUGGACGAGCGCAGAACCUGGCUGCCCGUUGGCCAUUGA